AUGUCUUUCCUUCAUGGUGUUUUAGAUAACAUUAAGCCUAAAUUAGGCCAGCAUAAAGAGACAUUAAAUACUGCAAUUGACUCACUUAACAACAAAAAUGAUAAUGGUAUUACUAAAUACAGGGCGGCGGUAGCCGCGGUGGCCAAGGGGGUACAUACAUAUAAUGAGAGUGUUAGUAAGUCGAAUGAUGCUGUGAAAAGUGUUAUCACUUCACUUCAAGAAUACACGAAACAAGAAAAAGGUGCGCUAAUUAUUGGUCUUAAUAAUAUUCAGGUCUCCGAGAAUUCUCGUCCUCAAGAUGUUGAGAGGGCCGUCGGCCUUAUAAACUCCAAGCUGGAAGAGUGCAAGAAAAAUGCUGAGACAUUCACUAGCGCACUUGACAUCACUAUAGAUAAAAAUCCACUUAACAACGCAAUUUCCGACUUAAAUGAUAAAUUACGUGAUAAGCUUGAGAACGUGCGUAAGACGGUGGAGUAUGAGAGUGAGCGGUUGGAGGGGGUGAAGGAACAAGAGGAGAAGGUGUUGAAAGCAACGACAGAUAAAAUUAGUGAAGUACUAGACGCACUCAGAUGUAAUGUCGACAGUAAAAUUGGCGAGCAGGUGAAAUUGCUUGUUGGUGCGUUGAGGAAAAAAUUCGAGCCAAUAUUGCCACUCUUGAAGCAAAUUGAUGAGAGCCUCAGGGAGUACGUUCGUAACCUGGCGGACUGGAUGGCAACGACUAAAAAAUAUAUUAACGAGGUGAAGGAUACGGAUGUAAAGAAAAUAUUGAAUGAGGCCGGUGCCGAUUUUACGAGUAGAAAGCAUAACAUUACAGAUGCUGUGAAGCUACUGGACAAGAAGAGAGAGGAGCUUGACAACCAUAUUACUUAUGUGAAAGGGGAGCUUGAAAGGAUGGCUCGAGAAGUUGAGUCUGCCGUUACCGGUCUGAAUGAGCAGCUUAAAGCGGAUUUGGGGAGGAUGGAGGAGAGUGUUACUGGGCCGCUUGGAGGGAUUGUGGAGAAGUCGGGAGACUUUGAUAGGGAAUUUAAGAAGACGAAAGAGGCGAUUUCGGGGGCAAUUGAAAAUGUGAGACAGGACAUCGGGAGGCUUCAGAGCCUUACUGAGCUUGAUGAGAUAGACGCUGCGUAUGGAGGCACUAAAGUCCAAGUUCCCCUUCUCAAGGUUAUCAAUAAGCGCAAUGCAUUUCGCACUCUUACAACGUACCUCUCCAAGCUGGAAACUGAUAUAUCGUCAAAACUGCAGGAGGUGAUGACGCAGAUUGGGACGGGGAUAGCGAAAUCUGGUGAUCUAACCGCCGUGGAAAACGCUUUAGGUGAAAACUUACUUCCGAACAAACUUCAGAAUCUUCACAAUUCCGUUUUCACCAAUCCUCCGAAUAUCAACAUCGUCCAGAUUGAGGGCCUUAAUAUGACUGAUGUAUACAAACUUAUUCUCAAAAGCAAACUUUCUUCAUAUACAUCGGGCAUUGGUUCAGUAAAAAGCAAGCUGCUUUCAAGGACCUCUCAUACGCUGCAAGCAUCCGAUCUCCAACACCUCUUUACCGAUAUUGGCAACGUCGUCGAAGCGGUCGCUGUUCACUGCAAUGCGGUAGUUACUAAGGUAAUGGAAAAGGUAAGGGAACAAGUGCCGAAGGAUAUCGGAACGGUUGCGGAGGCUAUAGAGGUACGAUUUUCCGAUUUUGGUCAGCUGGUUUCUCAGCCACGUGGCGGUGUUACACUGCAGCACUUCAAAGACCUCCAAGGUGGUAACGGUCCUUUCACCGGCCUCCCAGCCUUGGACAGUCAAUUUGAAAAGACCAUCAACCAACCCCUCGGCACACUCCAAUCCACCACUCUCCCCGGAGUGUUCAAGAAGAAUCCGCCAACUGGAAAAGACAUCGACGUCGAAGGGACCUUGACGGACUACGCCAGCCACAAAAGCAAAACGCUCACGCCGGCCGUCGAUGCAAUCAAAGGUGAAGCGUCAACCAUCACCGUUGGUCACAUAACGUCAGUUCUCACCACCGUAUCUAGCAGUAUCACUGAGCAUCUUAAUCAUCUCACUCACGAAAUAACAGAGGCUACCAACGUACUGAACUUUAAAUUGGGAAAACUGCAAGAUGAUAUUAUUGGCACGCCUAAGAUAGGCAAGGCAGCUGAUGCAGGCACGUUGCAAUUAAUUUACGAACACUUUGCCAAGCUGCAAGGUCCCGUCUCCAAAGCCCUCAAGGACGCCGAAGCAUUCGUCACAUACGUCGGACAAGCUGAAACCCACUACAUCAGCGAACUCAAAAGCCAUACCAAAAAGGCAGCGGAAGAUGCGUGCAACAAACUCACCACCCACGCGCGCAGGCAGUACGUCGAGGCCCUCAAGUUCGCGCUCCAGCAGUUCGCGGAAAAGGUGACGGGGGAGCUGGAGCCUUUACCAGGCAUGUUUACUGCCGAUCUAGAACAGGGCCACAAAAAAUUUAUGAAGACGUUCCAUGACAGUUUCCUUAACAAGCUCAAGGAAAUUAGUGCCGUCGAUCCCAAGCAGUUCACUGCCGACAAAUCUCCACUCAGCAAGGCGUCCGAAAUAUUUAAGAACGCUUCAACAACGUUCUUCAACGCAUUGAAGGAGCAAACAGACUUCACCGAAGACUUCCCGAAAAUCGAGCCGUCCACCAAGGCACUUCACACUCUGCUGACUGACCUCGGCAACUCAAAAUACUUUGAUCCUAAAUUUUUUGAAAACUUAGCCGCACUUAACGAACCACUUAGCGCGUUUAAUCCCAGAGCAUACGGCGAGGGGAAUGUCCCUCCCAUCCUUAACGCCCUGCGAGCAGGCUUCCAGCCACUGGCCGACGAGCUCAGGAAGCAGUACACGAACGUGUACGAGGGGGCGAAGUCCAUUGAAAAGUGGGUGACUGAGGUCGCUGAAAAAUCCAAAGUGCCUGCUGAAAAAACAUCCCCAAUAACGAAGUUGACAGACGACGGCGAGCGUGGCGCGAAGGUGUUGCUCACACUUUUGCGUCAUAUCUACGUCUCCGUUGUAUAUCUUAGUAAGCGAUUGGAAGAUCGCAAGAGUAAUUGGUUUAGCCAAAAAAUUAAUAAGCGUACCCUUAUAGGAACAUUUUUCUUCAAACGCGGAUUUGUUGUCUCCACCGCCGAAGGAAACCAGGACGGUCAGCUGCGCAACCAUGAUAAAAUGAAGGGCGAAAAUGUUCACUCUCUACUUACUAACGAUUCCGGUAUUACUCUCAUCCACAUUCUGUAUGACUACCUAACUACAUAUAACAAGAUAUGCCACCACACUCAUCAUCCAGAUGCCAAGCCGCCGCGCCACGUCCGUCAUAUGCUCCAAUGGCUCUCUGGGCUUGAGUACAGUCCCGUAUAUGGUCCACUGAAGGAGCACAUUAAAACAUUGUUUCCCAAGUCAAAAGAUUCAGAUCCUCCUGCCGCCCUUCCACUUCCGCUUUCUGCGUAUCCAUCUGACAUCACCCAUGAAAACUUGACGUCUACCCUCGACAAAAUCCCUGCUCAUUCACACAAAGUGCUGACCAGAAUAUUAGGCUUUGGGUAUGCCAACGGUGUAUAUGCCUGCGAUUUUAAUACCAACGCAGAUAAACUAUCGUAUCCGAGUAGCCCUGCUUCAUGUCUUGACAUGCUUGUAGACGUAUUGCGCAGACUAUUCUACCAACUCUAUUUCUUGUUUAAACAGUGUACCUAUGCCACUCACCUCGGCGGCUGGGCCGACUGCUCGUACGGUCGGGGUGUGGGCGGAACCGCUUGGAGCUGUAAUGAUCUGAAAUGCAACGAUCAUCUCUGUCCUCGCAACUGCAAAGGUCAUUCCGAUUGCGGCCUCAAAUCACCACUCCAAUCAUACUUGGAAGAUGGCCUUCCAGGGUUCCUCCCACACCAAAUCAAAUCGCCAGGCUGUAAGCCAACCUGCGCGCUGACCAACCACUCAGGCAAACCAUGCCUCACGCCCAUGGGUUUCACAGAGAUCAGCGUGAUAGCCUCCCACACAAGUAAGGCUGAACGUAUCAAAAAGGUACUUGAAGCAUUCUGUGGCAAUGAAAAUUCUCCGCUAAGUAAGCUGUGUGCUCAAUUUUCAUGCCUUUUCCCUAGUGCUCCUAAAACUCUGUGCGAUAUGUUCACGUUCUUCUAUAGAUUCCUCUAUCACUGGGACAUGGAUGGUAGAGCGCAUAGAUUAGAAGCAUUUAAUGCUGCUGCUGCAAAAGCCAAUUUCGAAAAGCAAUACAAUGGUUUUAAUCCUGCUAUACUAUUCGGUAGCCCUAAGCAUUCGCAUAACCAAGAAAAGGCCGACCUGCGUAGCCUUGUAUGCAGCAAUGAAACGGCCAUCACAUGCGGUCCCUAUUUGCAGUCCAUUAAUAAUGACGUCACCGGCGUCUUCUCCAAGAAACACGCCGGCAAUUACUUGUCGUGGAUUGUUUACUUGACAGAGACAUUUUAUGACCUGCUCAAAAAAUUGUAUGAUGAUUGCUGUGGUACGUGUGGCGGAGAUAGGCCAAAAUGCCGAGUUGCUCGUGGUCAACAUACUUGUAAUGUUGCCAAUCAGCAAAGCUCCGACACUACCAGUGACACAUGUAUCUCAAUAGUUAGCUGCCAGCAUACACGUCCAACAAUAUACACGUAUGGCUUCGUGCAUAAUGACGUGUCUCUUGAUGACGAAAUUGAGUCACUUAAAAACUCUGCUACAUCAUCUGCUAAAUCACAAAAUGACUCUAAAAUUGCCGACCUUAAAUCCCAAUUGAAAGAUCAUGUUGCCAAGUAUCAUUCCCUUUCUGAGUCUGACAGGACUGCCCAACUCAAGGACAUCCACUCCAGGAUGGUGUCUCUUGCUGAGCUCAGUGGGAAGCUUGGGGAAUUUAUUGGCAAUUCUGAAGUUAUUACUAAAGCAAUUAAAGAUGCUAUUAACAGCAUUAUUAACAGUGACAAUGAAUUCAAAAGCCUUAGAAAGUCUCCGUCUUCGACUGCGCAGCCUUCCGCUACCGUGUCUGCUGUGUCCAUAGAUGAUGCUGAGCUUACUCAGAAAAUUGAGCAUUAUAAUAAAGAAAUUGAGCGUCUUAAACCUACUAAAACUGCCCAAAAUCCUCCCCUCUCCUCUGAAGAGUCUCGCCUUUUAUCCUCUUAUGAGUCCAAGUUGGAUGCUCUUGAGACGCUGAGUAAGCUUAAUGAGUCUUUUAAAUCUCUUAAAAGUCCACAAGAUAAACCUUGUGAAACAUUAUUAAAUAACCUGUGCUCUGGCUUGGAGAAGUUCCUUGGUUACCAAGAAACUUCCAAAGGCUACACCGGGAAAGGAAUUGUGUACUCAGACCUCGACAGGCUCUGCGACGGGGUGAUGUCUUUCCUUCAUGGUGUUUUACAUAACAUUAAGCCUAAAUUAGGCCAGCAUAAAACACAAAUUAGCGUUGCACUUAACUCACUUAACAACAAAAAUGAUAAUGGUAUUACUAAAUACAGGGCGGCGGUAGCCGCGGUGGCCAGUGGUGUACGUACAUAUAAUGUGAAAGUGGCAGCGUCGAAUGAGAGUGUUAGUGGGCCGAUUAAAAAGUUUCACAAGGAGAUGCAAGAGCUUCAAAACGAGGUGAGUGACUCAAAGACAUCUAAUGCUUUGCAGGUGACGGAUCGUUCUACAAAGGAGGAAGUUGAGGCGGCCAAAAGGGAAGUGGACAAGAAGCUGGAGCAGUGCAAGGAAAACGCCAAGACAUUUAAUGACGCUUUCAACUUAGACACCAAAAACAACAUAGACAUGAAAAACGCAAUUAAUGAUCUUAAUGCUAAAUUACAUGAGCGUGUAGUAGUAGCCGCGAAAGCGGUGAAGCAUGAGAGUGAGCGGCUCAAUGAGCUCUCAACUAAGGAAAGUGAGGAGCUAAGAGAGACGGAAGCAAAAAUUAGGAGCGUUCUUCAGGGCCUUAAUGACAGCGUGAAUCGUAGCAUUACCACGCAGGUGAAGAGCCUUGUUGACUUUUUGAAAAAUUGUGUUUGCGCGAUUAAAGAGAAGCUGGAGGAGAUUAACAGAAAGCUCAUGGAGUAUGUCAACGAGUUGAAUAGGUGGAUUAGAGAGGCUGACGAAACUGUACACAAGGCCAUGCAGGGCGCAAGGAAUAUCAACAUAGGAAUGCCCGCUUGGGAAAAAGAAGGUGUAAUUAAGAAGCAGGCGGAAGAUAUGCGAAAGAAAGGUGAACACGUGUAUUGGAGUUUUAGCAGUGCGAAAGAGCAAGUUGCCGAGAAAGUCAAAAAUGCAAAAGAUACAGAGCUUACAAAAUUGGAAACCUGGAAAGACGCGGCGACCGCUGUGAUCGGAAAGGCGCAGGGGAAGUGUGAAGCAAUUUUGGGGAAAUCUGAUAUAAAUGAUUCCAAGAAUGGAAAGAAUGUUGUAAUUAAACAGCAAGCGGACGAACUGAAGAAGAAAGCCACGGAGCUUUUGAACGCUUACAGCCAGGCGUAUCCUAAAGUUACCGGUUUGGUUGAUAAAGUUAAAGAUGCCGUUUCACAGUUGGAAACCGGCAUGAAAGAGGAUUUGGAGAGGCUGCAGAGAGAGAUUGUGGAGAAUAUGAAAAAGCAUGUUGGUGGGAUGCUUAGUGAUAUUAAGGAUAAAGUGGAGAAGAUUAAGGGGGAUAAAAGUGGCACAGGGUUGGAGGGGAUUAAAAAAGGCUUGAAGGAUUAUGUCAGUGGAUUUGGCAAUGGGAAGUUGGAAGCGGCGAUUAAGUUCAUGAUCGAGAAGAUGGUGGAUGACAGUACAGGUAUUAGGUUGUACAUUAAAUGGUAUUUCGGCAAAGGGAAGAACACGGCCUUGCAGGGUAAGAAUGCGGAAGACGUUAGAGCAGCAAUAAAAGAAAAGCUUCCAGGAAUUUUGAAAAAUGCUGUCCUGACUGUCCCCUCUGCAAAGGGGCUUACAUCCGCCAUAGAGUUCGAUAGUAUCGCGAAUAGCUUCGAGUCAUUUGCGGACGGUAUUAAGAAUAAUAUUCUUCAUAUGGCGGACGAUAUAGUCCUCGGGGAUAUUGAAAAACAAUUGGGCUUUAAUGGAUCCAAACCUUCAACAAACUACACAGCAUUUCUGCAAUACGCCGUCGGAAUACUGUCCAUAGCCGUAUUCACUGCAAUUUCUAAAGCAGCGUCGGAACUUCAAUCGUUGAUUGAAACGUCCAAAAUUGCGCAGUUGAAGGAAGCCCACGAAAAUGCUAAAAGCCUUCACAGUGAUCUCACCACGGCGCAUGAACAAACCAGCAAAGAUGAAGCGCCCACAUCUCCCAGCCCUCCCGGCGCCACCCUCGAAGAAAGAGUCAAGCAUAUUAAGACGGAAGUCAACAAGGGAAUGAAGGACGACGGUUCUGGUAUAACCGUCUCAAAAACGAUGACAACGUAUGAAGCGGCGAAAGGUGAGAGAGUGGGCACAGAGAAUAAAUAUCACAACUUGCUUACUAAAGAUAUCCCCCAGGCCAUGGACGCUUUCAAAACAUAUGGACUCAACGGAGUUGACAGCGUCGAAGGGAAAAAACGUGAACUUGAUCCCAUUGUCACCACAAUCACCCAAGAGCUCCAGGCCAUCGCCUACCAUGUUAAUAAGGAUAAGAAAUGGCCGCUUGGGCUGGGUGAAGAACCGAAUGAAAAAGAUGGCAUCACGCAAUUGUUAAAUGACCUGAAAACCAAUGGUCUUAGUGAAGAAGAUAAAGCUUGGCAUGUUGACGGUGCUCACACUUCCAAAGGCCUCUUGAAGAUCAAGCAGGAAAUUACCGACGCGCUCGGGGGGAUUAAAACGAAGGCGGAAAACGACUUCAACGCUGCGAAAACAGCUAUCAGCGAAGUGACCUCUUUCAAAACACUCUCUGACGCAAUCUACCAAGAUCUCAAAUCUCUCGUCGAGGCGUUCCAGAACGCCGGCAAAGAUCUCUACCAGCAGUUGAAGCAGUUUAAAGAUACAAAAAUCAGCUUGAGGAAGAACGACGCCGCAGCUGUGGCAAACAGUCUCCAACAAUUUUCGAGAGACCUCAGCCGGCUGCAAAGCAAACUCCAAGACGGUCCCAUCGCGCAGUGCACGCGCUUCAUUGAGAAGGACGCCGGGUCAAUGGAAACAUACUGUAUUAACGCCCUCAAGCAAAACGUCGACGGUCAAGUUAGAAAUGCCACCGAAACCCUCACCACCCUCGCCAAGAAGCAGUACGUUCUCUCCGUCAAGAGUCUAUUAACCAAGUUCGCCGAGAAAGUCGAGCAGGAACUGAGAAACCUCCCCCGCGAAAUCAGAAACGAUUUGACAGUAGGCCACAAGGGCUUUAUGUUACGCAUGGGAGGCGUGGACAGGCCGGAGACUCCAAGUGGGCAAGAACCUCCGGCACCAAAAUCAGAAACAUUGCUCGACAAAAUUCUGGAACCUGUCGAAACCUACGAUCCAAGUAGGCAAGUUUCAUCAACUACAUCCAUGAAGGACACUUUCAUAAAUUUAGUAAAUGCAUUCCACAAAUACUUCACUCCAAUUUACCAGUAUAUUGAAACACAAAUCACUGCUCAACUUAAACCUUUGCCCGAAACUCAGCGCAAUGACGACAACCUUAACAAACUCACGGAAAUAAACUCUAUGUUCAACACACUGCUCACCCACCUUAAUGAAACACAGACUAAUAAGCCCGAUAGAAAAUACCUUUUUGACCACGAUUUCACCGAUAAACUAGACGCACUUAAGACACAACUUCAAACAUUCACCUCCCACAAAUUUACCAACCCGCACCAUCCCGAACUACUUGACGCCCUUAAGUGCGGGCUUGAUGACCUUUGCACGCAGCUUGACAAGGCGUACGUAAAUGGGUAUGAUGGGCAUAAAGAAACAAUAGACUUUACUAGAUUAGUUGAUAAUGAUAAAUUGAGUGCUAACGGUGAGAAGCUGUCUAAGGUGUGUCUCACGUUAAUGGAAACUGUGUUCCAUGACCUUGAGGAAUUGAGAGUAGCAUGUAAUAGUACAAAUGGCUCUUGGAGAGACAAGCAACUAUGCUUGACUGAAAAUGAUAAGAAGCUCAAGAAGCAAGUCCCCAAUGACCUCGGUAUUUGGUUGAAGUCACACGGCUUCAAGGUGUCGGAGGAUGAGAAUACUCAAGAUGGUCAGUUAAGAUGUCACGACAAAAUGAUGGGUGAAGACAUUUUUAAGAAGCUUAUAACUGAAGUUCGCAGUGCGAAAUAUAAUAAUCAUCUUGAGACAUGUAUAACCAACAAGCAUACAUUCAAUGUCAUCAACAUCCUUAGAUGUCUCCACGGACACCUCGACGAUUAUUACCGUGCCACUCACACACGCCAUAUUCCAAAUGCAAAGCCACCGUGCACCGUCAAUCAGAUGCUAACGUGGAUGUGUGGACUCCAAUAUAAUUCCGUGUUUGCUAAACUGCAAGAUCACUUAAAGACAUUGUUCCCUAAACCUAACGCACACAAAAAUGAUCCGGACUAUUCCAAAAUUCCUACCAACUUACUAACACUUCCAGGCACAACCGAAAUUAAAUAUGACGACGUAAAACGCAGACUCCUGCAAGCCUGCCUGUACUCUGAAAAAACACUUAUCACUAUCCUGGGACACGGCGACGAACACACCAAGUACGCCUGUGACUAUUACACAAACUCAGAUAAAUUAUUGUAUCCUGAAAGCCCAUCACAAUGUAGAGAUUUACUUCUAGACAUUCUUCGUAGAGUGUUUUACGUGUUCACAUUCUUGCACAGUAAAUGUACUUUUAGCACUCAGCACGGUGGCUGGUCCGAUUGUCUGUACGGCAGAGAUAUCGCUACAGUUAAUCAGCCAUGUAAAGUGCAUAUUACCGACAAACCAAAUAGCCAACCAACGUGCCAACCAAACUGCCAGGCAAACACCGAACCAAAUUGUCAACCAACCUCUCCAUUAAUGUCUUACCUAAAUGACUGCCUACCGGGUCAUUUGCCUCAUGAUGUAACCUCUCUUGGUUGCAAAUCAUCGUGCAACAGCUGCGCCAAAUCUUCGCCUGGAAUGCCGUGUCUCCCUCCCCUCGGUUUCAGAGCGUUCUCGGGCAGUACGAGAACAGGCAAAGAUAUAUAUGAUGAGCUCAGCAGAUUCCUAAGAAACAAGCUCCUCUCAUCAUUGUCUUGUCUGCUGCCCAAACCACCAACCUCAUUGCCCGAACACUUCGGUUUUGCUUUAUGCUUACUCCAGUAUUGGCAUUAUAGUUUAAAGUUUGGUGGUAAUGACGUCAAUAAGCCAUCAUUGCAAGUGGCACUAGAAUCCUCCAUCACCGAUGUGUCGAUCAAACUAUAUGAGAACCCAGCCGGCCUUACCAAAGCCAUCAUUCAGGCGUACGGUUCUCAGUUUGAGAAACAUGUAGAAUGCGAACAUGCCCACUUGGCGAGUCUCACAAAUUUGGAAGCAUGCUUCAAACAGAAAGAGCACUGCGCUCCUUACCUCUCAUCGCUAUGCCACAAUUACUAUCACCAUCUUGCCGUCAAACAUUCCAAUGCAUAUUUAUCCUGGAUCAUUUAUUUACCAUGGACAUUCUGGAACUAUCUUCAGAAUCUAUAUGAUGCAUUUACUCAAAUAGUCUGCCAGGAUUGGGGUUGUCGUACGUGCCUUCACGGCAAACAAUGCAAACGUGGACAGCAUGGUCUCACCAAUGAGAAGACCCAAGCACCGCAUUGCAAUUGCCCUUCCAUGGUCCAGUGCAAAGGCGUAGCACCUACACUGUAUAGAUAUGGAUUCUAUUUUGGCGAUGCAAUAGCAUUAAAUGAAGGUUUGUAUUACAAGCGGUGCUCCGAUUUCUGCACUCAAUUGAACAAUUUGCUAAAAUCAGAAUAUUUCAAAAACCUCUUCGACAAAUGUGAUGAAUUCCUAUGGAUUAUUCGCACAACCUUCACUUUCCUCUUGUUAGCCCUCUGGUCCCUCUCUUUGCUCUACCUGCUGCACAUCGCCGUCCUCCGCCUGGACGUCCUGAGGAUACGCUCCCACCUGAGAUCACCCGCAAGCCACCGCAUCGCCGCGCAGUCCCUCCUCGCCGCCGCACGCGUCAGGGCACUCGCCAACGUCAAGUACUUCUCACCAUAA